AUGUACUGUGAUGCGUCAAGAGUUGAAUUAGGAUGUGUGUUGAUGCAGCGUGGGAGAGUUAUUGCGUAUGCUUCUAGGCAGUUGAAGAAACAUGAGCAGAACUAUCCUACUCUUGACCUCAACAUUACUUGUACGGCGAGACCUACAAGAUGUUCAUGGAUCAUAAGAGCCUCAAGAAAGGCUUACGUAGUAGCAGAUGCCUUGAGUAGGAAGUCUAUAGGCAACCUUGCUCAUAUUUUCAGUUUGAAAAAACCGUUAGUGGAGCAGUUACAUAGUUUAGAACGAAGUGAUGAACGUUUAGAGAUAUCUGAUUCUCAAGGAUUUUUGGCGCAUAUCAAGCUUAGGUCUACCUUGAUGAAGGAGAUUAAGGCGGCUCAAGUUAAGGACUCUAGUCUAGCCAAGAUCAUUAAGGAUGUCAGAGAAGGUAAGGCGUUGGACUUUUCUGUUGACCCUUCUGGAGUGUUGAGAUUCAGGACUCGGCUUUGUGUCCCCGAGGUGGACGAGUUGAGGAGUAAGAUCCUUAGGAAGGCUCAUCACUCUCGAUUUGCCAUUCACACAGGGACUACUAAGAUAUCUCCAUGCUUUAGCCCAGAUCUGGUUGGCCAAAGCAUGGAGAUCGUCCAGAUAGUUCGUGAUAGGCUUUUGACAGCUCAGAGUCAUCAGAAGUCGUAUGCAGAUCGUAGACGUUGA